UAACGCUUUGCAACACUGCUGCACCCGUAUUGUGGGUGGUUCAUCAUAACAAAUUGUUGCAAUGGAACAAAAAACAAAUGGAAUACACUACAUUGAGCUGUCGAACAAUUUUAUACGCUUUGAUGCCGUGAGCCAGCUGACCAACGUAUUCUUCGACGACUCCAACAAGCAGAUUUUCGCAGUUCGCUCUGGCGGCGCAACGGGCGUGGUGGUCAAAGGACCCGUGGAGGACACAGUGAUUACAUUUUGUAUGAGUGAUCGUGGGGGUGCCAUACGCUCAAUUAAAUUCUCACCGGACAAUAAAAUACUCGCUGUGCAGCGCAAGGAAAAUGCCGUGGAAUUGGUUUGCUUCCAAGGCGAGCAGCCGCUGUUGCAGGACAUCAUCACCCACCAGGUGAAGACGUUGAUCUAUGGCUUUGUGUGGGUGCACAACCGCGAGCUAGCACUCAUCUCCAAUACGGGCGUAGAGAUCUUUCAAAUUGUGCCCGAGAAGCGUCAAGUUCGUUCGGUGAAAGCGCUGAGUAUCAGCAUCAAGUGGUUCGCCUGGUGCUGUGAUGCCAAUAUAGCGCUGCUUUGCACCAGCGAAGGCAACACCUUGAUACCGGUGAUCAUUAAGCAAAAGGUCAUCACCAAGCUGCCCAAGGUGGAUUUGGGUCAUCCUGGACGUGAAGUGCUGGAAAGCAAGGUUACGCUAGGACGAGUCUAUGGCGUGCUCGCCGUGCUCAUAUUGCAGGCCAACAGCAGCUCCGGGAUGAUGGAGGUGGAGGUGCAUCUGCUCAAUGGCCCAGGAUUGGCUCCACGCAAGUGCCAUGUGCUGCGCCUCAGUCUGGUGGGACUGUUUGCCAUCAACACCGUGGACAAUCUAAUUGUGGUGCAUCAUCAGGCAACGGGCACAUCGCUGCUAUUUGAUAUUGCACUCAGCGGCGAGGUGAUCAACGAUGUCACUUAUCAUUCCCCUAUAACACCUGGACGCAGCAUUAAACCGUUUGGACUGAAGUUGCCAUCGCUUUCGCCCGAUGGACAAAUACUGCAAUGCGAGCUUUAUUCCACCAACUGGGUUCUGUUCCAACCGAAUAUUGUAAUCGAUGCCAAGCUAGGCUGCAUGUGGUAUCUGAAUCUGGCCGUUGAGCCCCUCUGUCAUCUAAUCUCCGAUCGCAUUCGCCUCACCGAGUUUCUGCUGCAACGCUGCAGUGGCAAGCAGAUGCUAUUAAAAGUAGUGCAACAGCUCAUCGAUGAGCAAUACAAGGGCACGCUGCUGCCAGUGCUGGAGACAAUCUUUGACAAGAUUAACAAGAUCUAUGCUUCCUGGGUGCAGUUGACGUUGCAAAAUCAAACGGCGCAGCCCUCAAAUGUUAAGACCACCAGCACUAAACACUCUGCUCCGCCCAUUGUGCUCAUCGAACAGUCGGAUAUGGUGCAAGUGCUGCAGACAAUUGCCGAGCGUCCGUACACGGAAUCGGUGCUCAUGUUGUAUUUGCAAUCCUUGAACAAGUACAACAUUGCUGCCCAAGAGGAACUCAGCAAGAUGAUUAUCAGCGAGCUGAUACGCAAUCAUAGCUUCGAUACAUUGCGUCGCCUCGUUAGCUAUUCCAUGCUACAAGAGUCUAAAUCGGUGGCUUGUUUUCUGCUUGCACACUCGGAUGUGAAUUCCGCCAUUUCACAGGUGGCCAUCGAUAUGUUGGGCAAGAUACAAGCGCAUGAGAUCAUCAUUGAAGUGAUGCUGGGACAGGGUAAAGUGAUUGAUGCUCUGCGACUGGCCAAAAACUCGCUGGGAUUGGAAAAGGUGCCGGCCCGCAAGUUUCUUGAGGCUGCACAUAAGACGCAGGACGAUCUCAUCUUCCACAGCGUAUACAGAUUCUUCCAGAUGCGCAAUGUUCGCAUGUACGAGACGACGGCCUUUCCCAAAGCGGAACAAUGCACCGAGUUCAUUCAACACUUUAAUAAUACGUUCCCUGCUGACAGCACCAUCAAAACGCCAAUCAGCUGAGUGCUGUGACAAUUGAAUUUAUUAUGUGAUCUAGCCAAUAAUCAGAGUAUUCCCCCAUUGAUGUCAACAAAUAGCUUAAAAUUAUAUAUUCUAUUAGCAUAAAUGAAAUGUCACAUCACUUUUGGAUCUCUAUGCCUGGAGAAACUGCUGCUGUGCUGUAUUUUGGAAUGCAUCAAGUUUAUCUACAAUAUUGCAAUUUAUAAAUAUACGAAUAAAUAUAUU